AUGCAUCUGUAUAACCUUACUUUGCACAAGGCAUCUUCUGUGCAACGGGUGAUUUAUGGUAACUUCAGCUCCGCGAAGGUUGAAGAGUUCGUGAUUUCUCGCGGAAAUAUUAUUGAGCUGUGGAGACCCGACGAUAAUGGAAACAUCAACGUGAUUUGUAGCUUUGAGGUGUAUGGGUUGAUUCGUGCUCUGAAGCCUUUCCGUCUUUCGGGAAACAACACAGAUUUUGUUUUGAUUGGUUCGGACAGUGGUCGAAUCGUUGUUCUAAAGUAUGACACAGAAAAAAACACAUUUGAAAAGAUCCAUCAAGAGACCUUCGGAAAAGUCGGCGUCAUUCGAGGUCUUCCCGGCCAAUACCUGGCUGUCGAUCCGAAUGGCCGUGCCUUCAUGAUCAGUGGAUUUCUCUUCCAUGUUUCAUCGCUAGGUGCCAUCGAGAAGCAAAAUCUGGUCUACGUCCUGAACCGCGACUCCCGAGGCAACGUCACAAUCUCCUCUCCCCUGGAAGCCCACAAAUCGCAAACCAUCGUGCUGACCACGGAGGGAUUAGAUGUCGGCUACGACAAUCCCAUGUUCGCCUGCCUGGAGCUCAACUACGGCGAGGCCGACGAGGACUCCACCGGAGAAGCCGCCCAGCAGACCGAGAAGGUGCUCACCUACUACCAGCUGGACCUCGGUUUGAACCACGUGAUCCGCAAGUGGAGCAAAACCGUGGAACGCUCCGCCAAUCUGCUGGCCCGCGUCCCCGGCGACAGCGGCCCGGGCGGCGUGCUGGUCUUCGCGGAGAACUGGGUGAUGUACUGCAACGAGAACCACCCCGAGAUCCGCGCGCCCAUUCCGCGCCGCGAGUUCCUGCCCGAAAACCGCGGAACCAUGAUCAUCACCGCGGCACUGUUCCAGCGCGAAGGGAACCUGUUCUACUUGGUGCAGAGCGAAUACGGAGAUCUGUACAAAAUCACGCUGAGCUUCGAUUCCUCGCACGUGCACGACCUCGUGGUCAAGUAUUUCGACACGAUUCCCGCGGCCACGACGCUCCACAUCACCAAGAAGGGCUUUCUGCUGGCCACUUCGGAGGUGGGCGACCAGUACGCGCUUCCUUUGGCUCUCCUCACCGGCAGCUGCUUCUACCAGUUCAUCGCGCUGGGCGACGACGACUCCGCCCAGGCCUCCUUCCUGGGCUCGCUGCAGCCCGACGGCUCCGUCCAGGUCCCCGUCUUCUCUCCGCGCGCGCUGACCAACCUGCGCCCGGUGGACACGCUGCCCUCGCUCUCUCCGCUGGUCAAGAUCCACGCGGAGGACCUGCGCGGCGACGGCACGCCGCAGCUCUUCGCGCUGUGCGGGCGGAGCUCGCGGUCGCAGCUGAAGGUGCUGCAGCAGGGCCUGGCGAUCUCGCUGCUGUCGCAGAACCCGCUGCCGUACGCGCCGAGCGGGCUGUGGACGCUGCGCGACGCGCGGACGGGGCAGCACCGCUUCAUGGUGAUCAGCUUCAACAACGCGACGAUCGUGCUGGCGGUGGGGAAGUCGGUGGAGCAGGUGAUGGACACGGGGUUCAAGCUCGACGAGAGCACGCUGGCCACCGGCGUGCUCGAGGGAAACAGCUUCCUGCAGGUCUAUCCGGGCGGGUUCCGGCAGAUCUUCGAGGACGGGCACACGAAGGUCUGGGAGCCGCCGAGCCGCCGGUCGAUCACCGCGGCGGCGAUGAAUCUGCGGCAGAUCGUGGUGGCGCUGUCGAACGGAGAGGUGCUGUACUUCGAGCUGGACGAGCGAUUGGAGUGGGUGGAGCGCGAGAGCAUGAACCACCGCGAGGAGGUCAUCUGCCUGGACCUCCCCGCGCUCGCGCCGAACAGUCUGCGCGCCCCGUUCCUCGCGGUGGGCUACGGCGAUCGCAGCUGCCGCGUGUACAGCCUCGCGCCGAACAGUCUUCUGGAGGAGCUCUCCAUGCAGGCGCUGAACGCGAUGCCGUCCAAUCUGACGCUGGACACCAUGCGGAUGGGCUCCGGGUCGCUGGCGCGCGAGACGCUUCUCCUCACCGUCGGCAUGGAGAACGGCAUCCUCAUGCGCGUGGAGGUCGAUCCGGUGAGCGGGAAGCUCAGCAACGCGCGCAGCACGCGGUUCCUCGGACCGCGCCCCGUCCGGCUCUUCAAGAUCCUCGCUGGCGGCAAUCCCUGCGUGCUGGCGCUCUCCGUGAAGCCGUGGCUCUGCUACUGCGCCAACAACACGCUGACGCUCACCUCGCUGGUCAGCGACCCGCUCGACCUCGCCGCGCCGUUCUGCAACGAGGACUGCAGCGAGGGCAUCGUCUGCGUGGCGGGCACGAACCUCAACAUCAUCCGGAUCGACGACCUCACGCAGCCGUUCACCGCCACGUCCAUCCCGCUCUCCUACACGCCGCGUGAGCUGGUCGUCUACCCGGGACAGCCGCGCCUGCUCCUCCUCGAGACGGACCACAACGCGUACUCGGAGCUGGAGAAGCAGUCCUUCUACCAGCAGCACAACGUGUCCUACGUCAACGAAUACGACUGCGGCGCGCCCAUCCCCGCCGAGCCCGACAAAUGGGCCAGCUGCAUCCGCGUGGUCGACGCGAUCUCCCUGCAGACGCUCGAGCGCCUGGAGCUCGCGGACAACGAGGCCGCGUUCUCCAUGUGCGUCUGCCGCUUCGCGUCGAAGGGCGACGAGCCGUUCGUGGUGAUCGGAACCGCGAAGAACCUCAAAAUCCACCCGCGGUCCUGCAGCCAGGGCUUCAUCAGCGUCUUCCGGUUCGUCGAGGGACACUCUCUCCAGCUGCUGCAUCGCACCGAGGUCGACGAGGUCCCCGCCGCGCUCUGCGAGUUCGACGGGAAGCUGGCCGCGGGAAUCGGGCGCUCCGUGCGCGUCUACGACCUCGGAAAGAAGAAACUGCUCCGCAAGUGCGAGAACAAAGCGAUGCCCCAUUUCGUGACGAAGCUGCGCGCGAUGGGCGAGCGGCUCUACGCGGGCGAUCUGACGGACAACGUGUCCUUCGUGAAGUUCCGCAAGGGCACCAAUCAGCUGGUGGAGUUCGCAGACGGCGGGAUCCCGCGAAGCAUCACGGCGCUGGACGUGCUGGACUACAACACGGUGGUCUGCGGAGACAAGGGCGGAAACCUCUUCGUGGAGCGCGUCGAUCCGAAGGUGGACGACGACAUCGCGAACCCGACGGGCAGUCGAAGCCUGUGGAACUCCGGACUGCUCAGCGCAGCGCCCAACAAAGCGGAGCAGGCAGCGAGUAUUUAUCUGGGCGAGAUCGUGACGUCGGUGCAGAAGACGGUGCUGAUUCCUGGAGGCGAUGAAGUGGUGCUGUAUGGAACGAUUUUCGGAACGAUCGGCGCGUUGCUUCCGAUGCCGAGUCGCGACGACCUGCAUCACUUGAUGCACAUCGAGAUGUACAUUCGCAAGCAGGAGCCGUCGCUGGUGGGAAGGGAUAUUUUGUCGUGGAGAAGCGCGUACACGCCGAUGAAGGGAAUCAUCGACGGGAAUCUGUGCGAGACGUUCUCGAUGCUGCCGCAGAUUAAGCAGGAGGAGAUUGCCAAUGCGUUGGUGCUGUCGGUUUCGUCGAUUGUGAAGAAGAUGGAGGAUUUGAGAAGUCGUGUUAUGUGGACUGUUUGUUGGAGUCGAUCGAUUGGAAAGGGUGUGAAUAGGCGUUUUUUAUUCCAUGCCAUGGAAAUAGUGUUAUUUUCGAUGUGUUAUUCGAUAGGAAAACGUGAUUGA